UCCCUCGGCGAGCAGGUCAUGGAACUCAGGAAGAAACAUGGAGAUAUAAUUUCAUGGCGUAUGGGGAGUCGAAUAUUCAUUUUCUUCUGCGAUCCGAAGAUCAUCAAAGCUGCUUUCUCCAAAAUGGAAUUCUCCGACAGACCCGAUUUCUACAGUUUUGACGUCUUCUCCAAUUUCAUUAAAGCCGGUCUGAGCAACAUCAACGGGCAGCUGUGGGUAAACAACCGGACCUUCGCCCUUCGCCACCUGAAGCAGCUGGGGAUGGGGAAGUCCUACUUGGAAGAGGCAGUGCAGUACGAAGCGGCCUGCAUGGUCAAGGACUUCAAGAAACACACCAAUAAAGUCGGACGCUUACCUUGGUCCCUCAGCGUGGCGAUCCUCAACGUCAUCUGGCAAAUGGCCGCAAACCAGCGCUUCGACGUGGACGACCCGAGAUGCAGAGAUUCAGCAAGGUCAUCAGGUCCCUCUUCGACGACUUCCAGGGCCCUGUGGUGUGGUUCGACCUCAUGCCCUGGCUCAUCCCCAUCACCCCGACCUUCGUCAAGAGGUGGAUGGGCAUUGAGCAGCUGCAGGAGAAGCUGCAGGAGAUUUUCGAGUACAUGGACAAUUCCAUCAAGGAGCACCAGGCCAAGUUGGACCCCCAGAAUCCCAAGGAUUACAUCGAUGCUUACUUGCUGGAGAUGGAGGAGCAGAAGAACAACCCCGAGUCGACCAUGAACCUUUUCGACCUGAAGAUCUGCAUGGUGGACCUGUUCACGGCGGGCAGCGAGACGACCUCGGCGACCAUCCGCUGGGCGCUGUUCCUGCUGGCGAAGCACCCCGAGAUGCAGGCGAAGGUGCAGAAGGAGAUCGACUCCGUGUUUCCCAGGGACGUCCUUCCCUCCGUUCAGCAGAGGAAUAGCUUGCCCUACCUGGAAGCCAUUUCCCUCGAGGUUCAUCGCUACGCCUCGAUCGCACGCUUGGGUUUCUUGCACUACUGCAACAAGGACACGGAGUUCAUGGGUUACACGAUUCCGAAGGGCGCUGUGCUGUCCCAACACCACGAGUGCUGCCACACGGACCCCGCCUACUGGGAGAAGCCGAACGAGUUCUACCCCGAGCACUUCCUCGACGGCCAGGGGAACCUCCUCACCAAGAAGGAGGGAUUCAUGCCCUUCUCUCUGGGUCGCCGCCAGUGCCCCGGGGAGCCGCUCGUCAGGAUGGAGCUGUUCGUGUUCCUCUCCGCCCUCCUGCAGAACUUCGUCUUCUCGGUCCCCAAGGGCGUGGAGCUGCUGCUGGAGAAGAACGCGCACGAUUCCUUCCUGAACAUGCCGAAGGACUUGGAAAUAAUGAUCACAGAGAGGCCGUGAGAGAGGAUUUCUCUCUCUCUCUCUUCUCUCCCUCAUCUCUCUCUCUUUCUC